UCUUGAAACUGCGUUCUCUAGCAACGACAACAGUAAAGCAGUGGAGGCAUCUUAUCGUGUUGCCAAACUCAUCGCAAAGGCUGGAAAACCUCACACAAUUGGUGAAAACUUGAUUUUACCUGCCGCAAAAGAAAUUAUUAGCGUGAUGUGUGGAGACAAAGCUCGCAAGCAGAUAAAUCUGAUUUCACUUUCAGAUAAUAAAGUUGAGAGAAGAAUAAAUGAAAUGGCAGAAGAUAUAACUCAGAAGUUGGUUAUAAACAUUCAAGAGAGUCCUUUUUAUGCCCUACAGUUGGAUGAAUCGACUGAUAUAGCAAACCUUUCCAACCUUCUUGCCUUUGUACGGUAUGUACAUAAUGGACAACUACAAGAGGAUUUCCUUUUCUGUAAGCCGCUGCCGGGUCAAUCAACUGCCCAAGCCAUAUUUGAUAUUUUGAAUGCAUUCAUUGUUUCAAAUGGAAUUGAUUGGUCUAAAUGCGUGGGUCUGAGCACAGACGGAGCAAGAGCCAUGACUGGGCAUCGCAACGGACUCGUUGCGCGCGUGAAAACACUUGCACCGCUCGUGAGCUCCGUACACUGCAGUAUUCAUCGGGAAGCACUAGCGACCAAGAAGAUGCCCACAGAUCUCAAAUGUGUCUUGGAUGAGGCUGUUAAAAUAGUAAAUUUCAUAAAGACUAGGCCCCUUCAGUCACGUUUGUUUCGACUUCUCUGUGAGGAAAUGGGAAGUGACCAUGUUCAGCUUCUUCUACACACUGAGGUACGAUGGCUUUCACGAGGCAGAGUCCUUACUCGUCUCUUCGAAUUACGCAACGAAGCACAGAUUUUUUUAUCCGACUCAAAAUGCCCCCUUUCUGACCGCCUCAGUGACUUUGAGUGGCUUGCAAAAUUGUCCUAUCUUUCUGAUAUUUUCAAUCACCUAAAUGGGGUGAAUUUGAGUCUUCAAGGCAAAUCAGUGACAGCGUUUCAAGUCCAAAAUAAAAUCGAAGCCACAAUAAAGAAACUGGACAUUUGGGCCAGGCGAAUUUGCAAAUCACACGCCGAAUUGUUUGAGAAUUUGUCACAUUUUUUGACAGAAGAAGCAACGAGCCUACCCGCUUCGGUUAAAAAGCUGAUUGAAGAGCAUCUCCAAGGAUUGAAGAGCCAGUUGCGUGACUACUUUCCAUCUCUAGAUGUCCAGGUAACCUGGAUGGAAAAUCCUUUUGCAAACUUGUGUGAGGGAUCCGUCACAAGUUUAAGUGCAAAAGAGCAUGACAGCCUCAUUGACUUAUCUUGUGACAGUGCUUUAAAAUUAACGUUUUCUCAAAAAUCUUUGACUGAUUUUUGGAUUCAUACUCUCUCUGAGUAUCCUGAUCUUUCUGACAAAGCUCUGAGGUUUUUGAUGCCAUUUCCGACAACAUACUUAUGCGAAGCUGGAUUUUCUGCAUUGGUGGCACUCAAGACAAAAUACCGGAAUAAGCUUAACGUCGAGCCUGAUCUCCGCUUGCAACUUUCUUCACUCCAGCCCGACAUACAGCGCUUAGUAAAUGCUAAACAACAUCAACCUUCGCAUUAGUGCUCCAGUUCUCUUCUUUGCCGGUUUUGACUGUUUGUGACGGCUCAACCCUGCUUUUUCUGUUCCCUCUGACUGAUUGCUCCGCUAACGGUCUACCCGCUGCCGACCUCUGCCUGGAUUUGGUUUUCCGUUCACUUAAGAAGUGUCAACCCGAGUCUCAUGGGGCUUGGUGACUUGUUAUGUACAUUUUUAUGUUUAUUCAAUUAAUUACCAGUUCAUUCAAUAAAGACAGGUAACAGUAAUGCUUCUGAGUACUCAAUUACCAACACGACACAAAUAGCGGGUUCAUUAACAAAAUAGCAGUGGGCCGCGGAAACAUUUGUGUUUGGUUGUGUGGGCCGUGAGAUAAUAAAGGUUGGG